GUGAUCUCUGACGCUUGACGUGUGGCCUUUGCCGUAUGAUCUUUGACCUCUGACCUGUGACCCGGCCGCAGGGUGAGCCGGGUAUGGCUGGCCCCGCCGGUCCCAGCGGCCGGGACGGCUUGCCCGGUCCCCAAGGCCAGCUCGGCAUGGAGGGAGAGAAGGGACUGCCCGGCCCGCCCGGACCCAGGGGCAAGGAGGGCCUGCCGGGUCCGCCGGGACCGAACGGAUUCAAGGGCGACCAGGGCAUACCGGGUCUGGACGGCCUGGAGGGCCGGUCUGGCGCCAAGGGCGAGCCGGGCCCGGACGGCCGGGACGGCGAGAAGGGUCUGACGGGUCCGCGCGGCGCGCCCGGCGGCGGCCCCGGUGGGCCGCAGGGCGAGAAGGGCGACCGCGGCUUCUCCGGCCAGCCCGGCGCCAGAGGCGAGGACGGCUUCCCGGGCCGGACGGGCGAGCGGGGUCCGAUCGGUCCCGCCGGCGGCGUCGGUCUGCCCGGCCUGCCCGGACCUGAGGGCCUGCCCGGUCAGAAGGGCGACAAGGGUGUGGCCGGCCGUGACGGCUUGGAGGGGCCUCAGGGACCGCCCGGCCUGCCCGGUCAGCGCGGUCCACCCGGGCGACCCGGACAGGCUGGCAUCAAGGGCGUCUCCAUAAUGGGCACCCCCGGUCUGGACGGCGUGCCGGGCCGCGACGGCCAGCCGGGCCAGAAGGGAGAGCGCGGCUACACCGGUUCGCCGGGCGCGCCGGGCAACACCACGGACGGCAUCCCUGGCGAGACGGGCGCGCCGGGCCGGCCAGGCGAGCCGGGGCGUGACGGCCAGCCGGGUCGCGCCGGCUUCCCUGGCCUGCCCGGCCUCAAGGGCGACUCGGGGGGCCAGUGCGACCAGUGCCUGCAGUGCCCGGUCGGCGAGAAGGGCGAGGCGGGGCUGGACGGCCUGCCCGGCCCGGCCGGACUGCGCGGGCCCGAGGGUCCGCCCGGCUUCCCUGGCUUGGCCGGCGAGGACGGGCUGCCCGGUGCCACUGGCAACCCCGGCAAGGAGGGUGAGGCUGGCCUGCCGGGCCAGCCCGGCCUCCCCGGCGAGAAAGGACGCGACGCGUUCGUGCCGGGCAGCCUGGUGACGGGAGCGAAGGGCGACAAGGGCGACUUCGGCCUGCCGGGCCUGCCGGGCCUGAGCGGACCGGCCGGCGAGCCAGGCCUCAGCGGCAGGCCCGGCCAGCCUGGCCUGCCCGGCGCCAAGGGCGACAAGGGCUCGCGCGGCUUCCCGGGCGAGCGCGGCAGGGACGGCCGGCCCGGCAUCGACGGACUCGACGGGCUGGCCAUCAAGGGCGAGCCCGGCCGGCCGGGCGAGUCGGGCCUGCGCGGCGGCAAGGGCGCCUCCGGCACCAAGGGCGCCAAGGGAGAGCCCGGACGUCUGGACGGGGCGCUGCCCCUGAUCAAGGGCGCGGCGGGACAGAAGGGCGACCGGGGCCCGGACGGUCUGCCGGGUCUGCCGGGCGAACGCGGCGACAAGGGUCAGCUGGGCCUGCCGGGCCGCGAUGGCGAGAUGGGUCCGGUGGGCCCGCCGGGCCCCACCGGGCCACGCGGCCUGCCCGGUCCCCGCGGCGACAAGGGCGACCUGGGCAGGGUCGGCCUCCCCGGCGAGCGCGGUCAGGACGGCCUGCCCGGUCGGGUCGGCCAGAACGGCGCCGUUGGCGAGAAGGGUGACGCCGGUCUGCCCAUGCCCGGCCCGCCCGGCCUGCCCGGCCUGCCCGGCCUCAAGGGUGACUUCGGUCCGCCUGGCCUACUCGGACCAGGCUUCCCAGGCGAGCCGGGCCAGCCCGGAUUCCCCGGCCUCAAAGGCGAGUCCGGCAUACCUGGUUUGGACGGAUCGCCCGGCCGAGACGGCGAAAAGGGCAGCCCCGGCCUGCCGGGGCCGGACGGACCUCAGGGCGUCGCUGGUGCACCGGGAAUCGACGGAAUCAAGGGGGAGCCCGGCCUGCCGGGAGACGACGGUCGCCCUGGCCUGCCCGGCUUCCCGGGACCGAAGGGCCAGGCCGGUCUGCCGGGCUUGCCGGGCAUGAAGGGCGUGCUGGGCCGCGACGGCCAGGACGGCGGCCCCGGCCUGCCCGGCCAGGACGGCCUGCCCGGGCUGCCCGGGCAGAAGGGCGAUGCCGGCCUGCCCGGGCCCGUGGGACCGUCCGGCCAGCCGGGCCUGCCUGGCAUGGACGGCCUGCCCGGCACCAAAGGCGAGGCGGGUCGCCCCGGCCUGCCCGGCCAGCCCGGCCAGCGAGGCUUCCCUGGCGAAAAGGGAGACCUCGGCCGGCCCGGCUUCUCCGGCGAGAAGGGCAACGCGGGCAGCGCCUCGGAGAAGGGCGAAGCCGGGCAGCCAGGCUUGCCCGGCGCGCGCGGCCCACCCGGUCUUGACGGCCUGCCCGGCGCACCCGGUCGCGAGGGACAGAAGGGAGACACCGGCUUCGGCGCGCCGGGCCUGCCCGGACUGAAGGGAGACCGCGGUCCAGACGGCCUGCCCGCCCAAGACGGCCUGCCCGGGCAGAAGGGAGAAUCCGGCCUGCCUGGAUUCCCCGGAAUGAAGGGAGAAAGGGCGUUCCCGGGCCCGCCCGGCGUACCGGGCAGGCCCGGCCUCGACGGCCGGCCAGGCCAAAAGGGUGACAGUGGCCCGGUGGGUCUGCCCGGUCGGCCUGGUGCUGAGGGAGAGAAGGGCAACCCGGGCUUCCCCGGCCUCGACGGCGAAAAGGGCGAAGAAGGACCGGAAGGUCCCGUCGGUCUGCCAGGCGUGCCGGGUCUGUCCGGCCAGAAGGGCGACGCCGGCCUGCCUGGUCGGCCGGGCGUGCCCGGUGCCAAGGGCGACCGAGGCCUCGAGGGUCGCGAGGGCGAGACGGGCCAGCCGGGCUUCCCAGGCCCGCCUGGUGCUGAGGGCCCCGACGGCGACAAGGGUGACCGCGGCUUCGCGGGCCAGCAGGGCCUGCCCGGCCUGGACGGCCUGCCCGGCCAAAAGGGUGACCAGGGACCGGUCGGUCCCGAAGGCGUGCCCGGGGUCGGCAUCCCUGGCGAGAAGGGCUUGCCCGGUAUGCCCGGGAAGAACGGCCGGCCGGGCGCGCCGGGCGUCCCGGGCGACAAGGGCGACAAGGGCUUCGUGGGCCUGCCGGGCCUGCGCGGCCAACCGGGCCCGCUCGGCCCAGUCGGACCGCAGGGCGAGAAGGGUGACAGUGGCCUGCCGGGCGUGUCCGGCCUGGACGGCGAGGACGGCCGGCCCGGCCAAGUUGGCUUCCGCGGCCCGGCCGGCCUCCCCGGUCUCAAGGGAGACCGUGGCCUGCCUGGUGUUCCGGGAACCCCCGGAGAGAAGGGUGAUCAGGGACUGCCAGGUGAGACGGCUUGGCCUGGCUUCCCGGGCGAGAAGGGCGAGCGGGGCCUGGACGGUGCGUCCGGUCGGCCGGGCUUGCAGGGCGAGCGCGGCCUGGACGGCCAGCCCGGCCUGCCCGGCCCCGUCGGCCCCGCCGGACUGCGCGGCGAGAAGGGCGAGGCGGCCCGCAGUGGCCAGCCCGGCGAGAAGGGCGAUCAGGGCCUGCGGGGCCUGCCCGGCCGCGACGGCCCGCCCGGCCUGCCCGGUCAGGACGGACCGGCCGGCCUGCCCGGCCAGAAGGGUGACCUGGGCCUGCCCGGCCAGGACGGCCUGCCCGGACUGCCCGGCGCUGACGGGCCCAAGGGAGAGCCCGGUCUAGACGGGCUGACAGGCUACCCGGGCAGCCAGGGCGCGCCCGGCGAGAAGGGUGACCCGGGCCUGGAGUGCUCGGCCUCCCCGGACUACUUGACCGGCAUUCUGCUGGUGCGUCACAGCCAGACUUCCAGCGUGCCGCGCUGCGAGCCCGGCCACAUCCGACUCUGGGACGGCUACUCGCUGCUCUACAUCGAAGGCAACGAGAAGGCACACCACCAGGACCUCGGCUUCGCCGGUUCCUGUGUGAAACGCUUCAGUACCAUGCCGUUCAUGUUCUGCGAUAUGAACAACGUCUGUAACUACGCCAGCCGCAACGACAAGUCCUACUGGCUGUCUACCAACGCGCCCAUCCCGAUGAUGCCUGUGUCCAACACUGCCAUUCGCGAGUACAUCUCCAGAUGUGUGGUGUGCGAAGCGCCCUCUAACGUCAUGGCCGUACACAGCCAGUCUCUGAACAUUCCCGAGUGCCCGCAAGGCUGGGACGGUAUAUGGAUUGGAUACUCGUUCGCCAUGCACACGGCGGCCGGCGCCGAGGGCGGCGGCCAGUCGCUCUCCUCGCCCGGCUCCUGCCUGGAGGACUUCCGUGCCACGCCCUUCAUCGAGUGCAGCGGCGCGCGCGGCUCUUGCCACUACUUCGCCAACAAGUUCUCCUUCUGGCUGGCUACCAUCGACGACGACGAGCAGUUUGGCCGGCCGCGCAGCGCCACGCUCAAGGCGGGCAACCUGCGCUCGCGCGUGUCGCGCUGCCAGGUGUGCAUCCGCGGCGCCUGAGCGGCCGCUGUGAUAGCGCGCGCGCGCGGCCGCCGGCCCGGGUCGGACCGUACAAACCCGCAGCCGCCUGCGGCGCCCGGUUCUCGUUCGUCCCCUCCGCCGCGGCUCUAGUCACUCCGAGACGCUGCCAACACUGCCAGUCGCCGACCGCGCUCAGCAAUCCGGAGCGGCCGGUCAGGAACGCUCUCACGGUGACCUCCCCUCCCCCUCUUUCUCGUACCGCCAACACUGCCGCCGCCUUGCGGUGCGAAAUGUAAGCGCUUGACUAACGUGCUGUAGGUUUAGCGUGCGGACGGGCCGGCGGGUGGUGCCGUUUGUGUUCGUGUGAGGAGGUCACACUCGGUCGGGCCCUGGUCCUCCGACUGUGACGCACGUGCUGAGCGGCCGCGGCCCUCGCGCGUGCCGGCCGCCUCGUGCACGUGCUGGUGCGCAGCGCCCGGGAGUGGCGCGGGCGGUGGGGUGCGGCGGCCCCGCCCGGCCAAAACAUUGUAGCACGAGCUUAUCUAUGCGACGCCGUCAGAUGGGGCGCUGCGGAUGGAUUGCUAGGUGUCGGCAUUCAGCUUCUAACUGGCCGAUGAUGUACCAACUGCCAGUUGCCAGAGUAUUUUGACGUGCUUCAGUUUCGAUCAGUAAACGAUCAACCCUCA